CGCCGCGCUUCCCUCGCCCCCCACACCGGCACCCGCACCCGCACCCCUCCUCUCCUUUUCAAAUCCCUCCCUUUCUUUUCUUUUCUUUUUUUCAAAGGAACAGGAACCAUCCAUCCACUCAUCCAUGGCCGCCGCCUCGCCCGAGUUCUUCAAGCCGCCCGCCGCCUUCUCGCCGCGCCUCCACCUCCUCGCCGCCGACGGCGCCGACGACGACUACCACCGCUGCUGCCGGACGCCCACGGGCGCCGGGGUCGGCUGCCUGGGCCAGGCCGCCACCUGCCCGCCGGCGCCGCGGAAGCCGCGCCCGCGCCCCGACGCCGCCUGCCGGAAGCGCCUCUUCGACGUCCAGGUCAUCAGCCUCCGCUUCGACGACCUCGACGCCAUCUUCCGCCCCUCGCCGCCGCCGCCCUGCCACGACCACAACAACAACAACAUACAUUAGCGGUAGCACCGGAGCCGCCGCUCGCUUAAAUUAAGUGCUUGUCAUUAGCAAUCAGCACCAGUAGUUGAGUUGAGUUGAGUUGACACCUGUAUCAGCCAUCUUCAGUAGCGGUAGCCACGACCCAUACUUCGCCUCACGCACGCACCCAUCCUCUGUAAUCAUCCAUCAUAUCAUAAUAAUAUUAUUACUACGUAUUAUUAUUUCUA